AACUUCAGCGCGAGUUGCUCUGGUAACUGAACUGAACUAAUUUCGCUCUGAAGCCCAGCGUUCGUGUGACUGGUCACUCAGUGCGGUCAGGGCAGUCUCAGGUGAAGGUGGCUGCGCUGGCGUCCCUCUCCUGCGGCAGGUAGGACCUCCCAUUAUCGGCGGCCGUCACGGUGAAGCUGUUUGAAGUGAGACAGACGAGGAGACCGUCAGAAAUGAUGCAACCGCUGGUCAGGCUUUUAGAGAAGAGCGAGAGGGCGGAGAGGAAAUAAAUAAAUAAGUCCCUCACCAUAAUCCGCUUGACUGGGCGCGCGCUCUCCUCCACUCCUGCGCGCGCGCGCGGCGCCACAAGUAGCUCGAGCGCGGCGGUGGGCUCCGAGGGGUCGGUCGGUGGGCUUUUCUCGGUGGGCUCUCUCGGACGAAAUGAAGAGCGAAGGUCGAACGGGCCGCGGGCGCCGGUGGUGAGCUGUGUUUGAGCGGAUCAGAGCCUCGCGCCUCGAAUAAUGUGUCCAAUUACGCACGCGGGGCGCGGAGAGAAGGGCGGGAAGCGGACGGACGUGGAGGUGUCUGUGGCGUGAAGUUGUCCGCAGGUUUGGAUUACGGAGCCAUGGAGAGCCGAGAGCGCCUCUUUCUGCUGCUUUUCUUCGUGAUGGCAAAGUUGAAGCUCGGCGAGCAGCAGGUUCUCCGAAUAGGGGGGAUUUUCGAGACCCGGGAGAACGAGCCUGUUAGUGUUGAUGAGUUAGCCUUCAAAUUUGCUGUUACCAGCAUAAACCGGAACAGAACGCUGAUGCCAAACACCACUUUGACCUACGACAUCCAGAGAGUGAACCUCUUUGACAGUUUUGAAGCCUCUCGACGAGUGUGUGACCAGUUAGCUCUGGGCGUGGCUGCAGUGUUCGGCCCGGCUCAUAGCUCCUCUGUCAGCGCUGUGCAGUCCAUCUGUAAUGCCCUGGAGGUCCCCCACAUCCAGACCCGCUGGAAACACCCCUCUGUGGACAACAAGGACACCUUCUUCAUCAACCUGUACCCAGAGCACACCUCCAUCAGCAGAGCUAUUCUGGAUGUCGUCACCUACUAUAAGUGGAAGUCCAUCACAGUGGUCUAUGAGGACAGCACAGGCCUAAUGCGGAUGCAGGAGCUGAUUAAAGCCCCAUCCAGAAAUGGCAUGAAGGUGCGCAUACGCCAGCUGCCCUCAGGGAGCAGUGAUGCCCGCCCGCUGCUCAAGGAGAUGAAGAAGGAGCAGGAGUUUUACGUGAUCUUCGACUGCUCCUACCAAAUGGCAUCCGAGCUGCUCAAACAGCUAAUGUCAAUGGGGAUGAUGACUGAGUACUACCAUUUCUUCUUCACUACCUUGGAUCUCUUUGCACUGGACCUGGAGCCGUACCGCUACAGUGGCGUUAACAUGACUGCGUUCCGCCUGCUGAAACUAGACAACCCCUACGUGGCAUCUGUUAUUCAGAAAUGGAGCAUGGAACGCCAGCUAGCCCCACCCAGACCCGAGAGUGGCCUAAUGAUCGGCAUGAUGACUACAGCGGCUGCUCUCAUGUACGAUGCUGUGUUCAUGGUUGCAGUAGCGUCACAGCGAGCCAGCCAGAUGACGGUGAGCUCUCUGCAGUGCCACAGGCACAAGCCAUGGAGGUACGGACCCCGCUUCAUGAAUCUGUUUAAGGAGGCUCAGUGGGAUGGCCUGACAGGACGCAUUGUCCUUAACAAGACUGAUGGACUGAGGAAAGACUUCGACUUGGACCUCAUCAGCCUCAAGGAGGACGGCACGGCGAAGCGAGUAGUUGAUGGUGCGACACGUCGUACUAAAUUGUGGACGAAGAUCGGCGUGUGGAACUCUUACAUGGGUCUGAAGUUGACUGAAAAGCAGAAUAACUCUAAUAACGUGACAGAUUCGCUGGCUAACAGAACGCUGAUAGUCACCACAAUCCUGGAGAACCCAUAUGUAAUGUAUAAGAAGUCGGAUAAGGUGCUGUAUGGGAAUGAUCGCUUUGAAGGCUACUGUCUGGAUCUGCUGAAGGAACUGUCCAACAUCCUGGGAUUUAAUUACGAAGUCAAGCUUGUGUCUGAUGGAAAGUACGGCGCCCAGAAUGACAGGGGAGAGUGGAACGGCAUGGUCAGGGAGCUCAUUGACCAUAUCGCAGACCUGGCUGUGGCUCCUUUGACCAUCACUUAUGUGCGGGAGAAAGUCAUAGACUUUUCUAAGCCCUUCAUGACCCUGGGGAUCAGUAUCCUGUACCGCAAACCCAAUGGCACCAACCCAGGGGUCUUCUCCUUCCUCAACCCCCUCACUCCAGAUAUUUGGAUGUACGUGUUGCUCGCAUGCCUGGGAGUCAGCUGUGUGCUCUUCGUCAUUGCUAGGUUCACUCCAUAUGAAUGGUACAACCCUCACCCCUGCAACCCUUCCUCAGACGUGAUGGAAAACAACUUUACGCUGUUGAAUAGUUUGUGGUUCGGAGUUGCAGCGCUCAUGAGGCAAGGCUCAGAACUGAUGCCCAAGGCUCUAUCCACCCGAAUCGUUGGAGGGAUUUGGUGGUUCUUCACACUAAUCAUCAUAUCGUCCUACACUGCUAACCUGGCUGCCUUUCUCACUGUGGAGAGGAUGGACGCUCCGAUCGAUUCAGCAGACGAUCUGGCAAAGCAAACCAGAAUCGAAUAUGGGGCCGUGAGAGACGGCUCGACCAUGACUUUCUUUAAAAAGUCAAAAAUUUCUACGUAUGAGAAGAUGUGGACGUUCAUGAGCAGCAGGAAGAACACGGCGCUGGUAAAGAACACCAGAGAGGGCAUUACGCGCGUCCUAACUACGGACUACGCUCUCCUCAUGGAGUCCACCAGCAUAGAGUACAUCACCCAGAGGAACUGCAACCUCACCCAGGUCGGGGGACUCAUAGACUCCAAAGGCUAUGGAGUGGGCACCCCCAUAGGGUCUCCCUACCGGGACAAGGUGACCAUCGCUAUUCUGCAGCUACAGGAGGAGGGCAAGCUGCACAUGAUGAAGGAGAAGUGGUGGAGGGGGAAUGGCUGCCCUGAGGAGGACAAGAAGGAGGCUAACGCCUUGGGCGUGGAGAACAUCGGGGGCAUCUUCAUUGUGCUGGCUGCUGGCCUUGUCUUGUCUGUGUUCGUGGCCAUAGGAGAAUUCAUCUACAAGGCCCGCAAGAACAGCGACAUUGAGGAGGCCUUCUGUUUCUUUUACGGCGUGCAGUCACGGCAGCUGCAGAGACGUGAUUCCACCUCAUCCACUGGCACUUCCUUAUCCACAGAUUUAGAGAGUGGGCGCCUUCUUGGAGACGACAUAUGCUCCUCGCGUUAAUUACUGCUGCUCUCGCCUCACUGGCUUUGGAAGGGAUGUGAGAAUACACUGUUCCAAGCCAUUAAGCAAAAAUGAGGCUGUCGAAGAAACUCCGUCCCCUUUGUGUCCCAUUGUCAGCGUGUCCUCUUCCCUGUGGCCUUAUGACAAAGUACAAAUUAAAACAGUAAGUAACUGGUUGCUUGUACCUUUUUCAGUUCCUUGAGUAGAUAAUCCAUAAUGUAGACUAAUUUAGUCUGUUGAAAAUGUUCUGUGUUCCAACUUAAGGCAAUGACCAAAUCUAUACACAGCACAGUAGCAUUUCUUCUGAAUAUGAAUGUUUUUAUACGGUGUCUGUCAGUCUGUAGACAUUAACAGCAUUAUAUGCUUGAUGUAGCAAGAAAACCUGGCUUUUUAU